AUGGAUUAUUUUCGCCGUCUAAAACAUCGUUUCUAUACGUUGAAUCUUUUUGAAAGUGCUCUUUCAAGUAUUAAUGAAUUUCAAGCAUCAACUGAACGGUUAUCCACGCGUAUUUAUCUCAUUGUAUUAUUAAUCUCUCUUACAAUCUCUACAGUUUAUUUUUCAUUGAGCAUCGAAAUAAAAACUUUUAUCAUUGAUAAACCAUCUCAAAUAACAUAUGAAAAACUUCAAAAAAAUCAUGCCUCAACUCUUCUUUGUCCGUGUUCAACAAAUACAAUUCUAUAUCGAAACUUUCUUUCUAUUUCACCUGUUUAUCACGAAAUUUGUUCCAGUGGUUUCAUCUCUGAUCAAUGGUUAACAUCAUUACAUAACAUUAAUCGAACGCGUUACUAUCAAUUAGAUUUCCGAGCGACUGCUACUUCUCUAUUUCAACUUUUACGCACAUUUUGCGAAUGGAACAAACGCAAAAAUCAGAUUGCAAUUAAUCAAUUCGAAACAACCAUGUUCCUUUCUCGUUUUGUUAUAUCACCAGAAGAUUUCAUCAAAGAAGCUAAAUUGAUGUUUUCCUUUUUUGAUCGAUUGAUUGUUCGACAGCAUGAACAGAUUCCGUUCAUUGUUCUCGAAAGUGUCGCAGCUAAUCAACUCGUUCCAGCUGUGCAAACAAUCGGAGUGUUCAAGAAAGAUAAUCAUCAACGAAUUUAUCUCUCAUAUGGCUCUUGGAGAAGAUUCUGUUUUUGUUCUCACAAUGGGAAUUGUCGAGAUGAGAUGCGACUCUACAAUGAUCUAUUCAGCUUCCAGUCCGAUGGCAUUUAUAAUGACAAUUUAUCUCCAUAUGCAAAUGUUUCAGGAUUUCUCACUGGUUGUUAUGUAUUAUACUCCUUAAGAUUGUCAAAUCUCCAAUGUCUCUAUGAUCAGACAUGUGUUGAUUUGAUGAAGCACACAAAUUACUCGUUUUUGAAGCCACUCGAAAGGCAUUCAAAUAAAUCGAUGAUUUCUUCGACUUCUGGUUUUAUUGGAGCAACCGAUUAUUUCAUUCGACAUUGGCAAAAGAAUGCACGAUAUUCUAACUAUUAUAAUAUAUGCUCACCAAGUUAUUGUCAAUAUUCAAUCGAACAACGCGUGAAUCUUCUCUCUAUCCUAACAAAUAUAUUCAGUUUAUACGGAGGAUUGAUCAUGGUUUAUCAAAUGCUUAUUCCAAUCAUUGUUACUAAAGUUCGAAUGUGGUGGACACACCGAGGUAAACAACCUGCAAAUGUAGAUGGACAAAAUGAAGUGUUACCCAUUCGAACUCGAUUGCUUCGUUUAUUCUUAUUCGUUCGGUCAAUACUUGUAGAACUGAAUGUUUUUACUGGAAAUGUUCCUCCUAACAACCUGAAUGAAAUCCAAUCUGAACGGUUAGCUACUCGUGUUUACAUUAUGCUCUUACUUCUUAUUUCUCUACCUUUAUUACUUGCGAAUAUCUUCACCGUACGAGUUCAUAUAGAAACAAAAGAGAAUCUCACCGAACCGGUUUUCGAACAACUGCAUUCUCGUUAUGGCAAUUCUCUUCGAUGUCUAUGCAGAAAUAUCAUCAUACCCUUCGAUGAAUUUAGUCAAAAUACCUACAAAAUGCAUAGAAUAUGUAAAAACAGUCAAUUUAUAAACAGCGAAUGGUUUCUUUAUUUUCCAUUUUCCAUCAGACAUCAAUUUACAAUGUUAAAUAGUAUUUGUGAACGAUCUCGAACAACUAUCGAUAUAGCCCAUGAAGCUUUUCGCUUAUUAGAAAUGAAGACUGAACAUGUAAUGCCACGCGAACUGCUCUAUACACAAAUGCAUACAGUUCAUCAUCAGUUACAAGCACAAACCAAGGCAGAAAUUCUCACGCCAUUUCAUUUGAAUAGAAUCUUAAUGCAUUCGGAUAAAUUAAUGACAAGAUCUCAUAUUCCAAUCUAUCAUCCAUCCGGAGAAAUUGAAACAAUUUUCAAUUCAUAUAACAAUGGAACAUGUAAUUGUGCUUUGACAUCGAAAUGUAUUAUAGAAAUUGUUCCAUCCUUCUAUAUCGGAUGUUAUCCUACGGAUUCUCUGUUACAAUCAACUCUUGAAUGCUUUUAUAGCACCGAUUGCGUGGCUCUACUCGAAUCAUUUCGACCGAAUCCAAUGUCUAACACAACAGUUUUGAAUCCGAAUGAAACAGGAUUCGCACGAAACACAACCAUCGAAUCGAUGCUCGACGCAUUGAUGUUAGAGGAGUGGAACAUUAAAAUAAAUUAUACAAAGUAUUAUACUCUGUGUAACCCAAACAACUGUACUUAUUCAUAUCCCGAAAGAGCCAAUUUGAUCUCCGGUGUUAUCCUAUCACUCAGUCUUCUCAGUGGUCUUAAUGUUUUACUAAAACUUUUGGUGCCGAUGUUUUUCAAAAUCAUACGAACUUAUUUUCUUCAUCGACGGAAUCAUUUCAAUUUCAAAGUGUUCAUCUCAUCAUGGAAUACUUUUCCUUCUUACGCAUCACGACGCGGUGAUAUCAAUCGAUUAAAUACAGAAAAAUCAGCUACACAAACCUAUGUCGUAAUCUUUAUUUUAUGCUUCAUCAGUAUAGCUGCGUAUAAAAUAGUUAAUGCGCCAAUGAAAGCUGAAAUUGUUUAUAAUCCAACGCAAAGUGUAUUUCAAGAUCUAGAAAAGAAAUACGGACUAGCGAUGACGUGUCCGUGCAAACAAAUCAGUAUGAAUUAUGGCUCGUUUCUUUCGAUUUCACCUAUAUUUCAUCAAGUUUGUUCGAGUUAUUGGAUCUCUCCUUCAUGGUUCUCGUUUCUUUUCGAAACAUCGAAUUCAACGUACAAUCAUCUCUUUAUAUUGUCUCAAUUCCAGUUCCUGUCAUAUAUUUGCCAAAUUAGUCGCUCAUUCGCUUCUCAUGCAAUUUUUGCAUUUACUAAUGAUACUUAUAUUUCAUUACAAGUUAUCAGAGAAUCAACAUUUAAUUCAGAAACCUCAUCUUUGAUGUCAAAAUUUUUAUUUAUUAACUCGAAAUCAAUAAGUGAGAUUAUCGAAUUUAUGCAAGGACUCACACAUGGUAGUGGAAUUGUAUCAGCAUUGUAUACAAACUGGAAAUUAGUUCUCAGUAAUGAAGAUAAUAUCACUAUGUUCACCGAUCCGAUCUCUUAUGGAAAUUGUUCGUGUGGUGUGUAUAGUUCGUGCACAGAAGUAACGAUGAUUCCUGGUCUACGCAUUGGAUGUUAUCCUUCGUCAGCAAUGAUGCAAUCGACACUCGAAUGUUUUUAUAACACUACGUGUAUUUCGAUGUUCUUCGGAGCGAAAAAAUGGGCAACACUGAGUAUUGACAAUCGAUCUCGUUUUUCACCAUCUCAAACAAUCAAAGCGAUUAUUGAGCAACUGAUGAUAGAACAAUGGAUAAAUAUCACUAAUUACACACUUUAUUACGAAAAAUGCGCUCCGACUUCGUGCAGUUAUUCCUAUCCCGAAAGAUUCAACUAUAUCUAUAUUAUAACUAUGCUAACUAGUCUAUACGGAGGACUUACGAUGGUUUUACGUGUCGGCGUUUACUAUGUCGUUACAUACAUUCGUAGUUUGGCUCGAUGUCGACGUCGAGUAGGCUUAGAUGAUUGUAUAAAUUCAGACCAACGUAGAGCUGCUGUUCGGCGGCAUCAUCAGGAGAUUGAAUUACCUGUGAGCAUAUCAGAUCCACCGCGUGUUCUUCUGACAGUUCGAGCUCAAAUAUCUCACAUAACAACAGUAUAG